AAACAGAAAGAGGUAGUUAAGCAAAGGAUUGUGGUUAAUAAGUAACAGGCCACAGCGGGCUCCCCGCCCUGCAAGGCCUGCUGGGAAAAUCUCUUGGCAAGCAGAAGUGUGUGUGUGUGUGUGUGUGUGUUAGUGUGUGUGUGUGUUAGUGUGUGUGUAUAGAGAGAUAUCGCUGAACUAAAGAACAGGAAGAGAAGACAGAGGCGUCCUCUCUGACACACUUCAUCGUCCGUCUUCUGUCCCCGAACCGAAGCUCCCUCAUGGGCAAAGCGAAGGUGAAGUCUGGGCCUUUGGCUCGGAGGCCGGACAACUCUGCCUUCAAACAGCAGCGGCUGCCGGCCUGGUCUCCCAUGCUGACGGCAAACACCGUGCUGCCGUUCUUCUACUUCAUGGCUCUGAUCUGCAUGCUGCUCGGAGUGUGGCUGCUGCUCACAGUGCAGAGCACACAGGAAAUGAAGCUGGACUACACCGAGGCCGGCUCGUGUAAUCUGUGUUACGUAAAGCGCCAAAAUGCGAGCAACGCAGCACAAAGCUGCACCUGCUCCGUGAUGUUCAGCAUCCAGAAAGCAUUCAAGGGAGACGUCUUUUUCUACUACGGCCUCAAAAACUUCCAUCAGAACCUGCGCAGGUACAUGGACUCCAGAGACGACGGACAGAUGGUUGGCAGGAAGAGAAACUUAAAGAACCCGAGCUCGUACUGCCAGCCGUUCGAUAAAGACCAAACCGGAGUCCCUAUUGCUCCCUGCGGCGCCGUGGCCAACAGUAUCUUCAACGACUCCUUCACUCUGUCCUAUCAUCAGCCCGGCAGUUAUCGGGUUCGGAUCCCUCUGUUACGGAGGGGCAUCACCUGGUAUACGGACGAAAACGUCAAGUUCCGCAACCCGAAGACCGAGAACCUGACGCUGGCUGAGGUGUUCAAAGACACGGCGCGGCCUCUGUACUGGCAGAAGCCCGUGUACGAACUCGAUCCCGACGACCCGACCAACAACGGCUUCAUCAACGAAGACCUGAUCAUCUGGAUGAGAGAGGCCGCCUUCCCCAACUUCAAGAAGCUCUACGGGGUCUUAAACCGAGCAGACGAGGUCUUCGCUAAAGGCCUGCCUGCGGGGAAUUACACCAUCGACAUAAACUACAACUUCCCCGUGCAGUACUUCCGAGGCAGAAAGGAAGUGGUGCUGACCACGCUGACCUGGUUUGGAGGUCAGAACCACUUCCUGCCCGUCGCUUACUUGGUGACCAGCAGCCUGAUCCUGCUGCUGGCCGUCGUCCUCACGGUGAUCUGGUGGAAGUUCGGGAAGGCCGGGAAGAACAUGCAGGAGUGACGCUCGGCAGCUGGAAAGUAAAAGUUUGAUGAAGGUUUAGGAGAACGUGUUGGGAAACCGAGAGUUAAGUCUGACAUCGGAUAGAUGACCCACAUGGGUCGGAGCUUUUAUUGUGACGAUGUUGCCGUGAACAAAUGUCGAUUUGAAACACACCAUUCUGUUCAUGCACUGUUGAUAUUUAUUAACGAAUCUUAAAUAUACUUUUAAUUAAAAGUUCUCAAUCAUUUCUAAAAUCCUUCUUUACGUCUGUGCGUCAUUUCUCUGACGACAGAAGAACACCGACUGUCAGGCAAGCCCUGCUGAUGCUAAUUCGUAAGAUUGAAUAAAGGUGUAAUUUAGUGGACACAGUUUUUAAUUAAGGUUAACGAGGAUUGUUCCAGGGUCAGUGUUCUUUUAUGGAGCCACAGAAGCGAGUCAAGACCAGGACAGGGCAGUAUAUAGCACACUUAGAUUCUCCAGAUCUCUUUGGGGCGAGGCCUCGCAGACUCCUCAGUCUUUCUUUUGGACGUUGUCUUGCAGAUAAAGUCUUUGACGCUUAGGAAGUCAGAUUUUAUUACAUUAGGUUUGUCUGACGUCUCCUCACAGACACAAUCACUUUCUAAGAGUGUGUGUGAAGGAAGGCAGCGACCGCUGACACGGUAACAAACAUGAAAAAUGACAAAUUGUCAGUUUCGCACGUUUAGUGAUUCAGGGGUUUCUGCAGAUCUCAGACCAUCUAAGAGGAGUCCAGAAGAAAAUGUGCAUCUUAAAGUUAAAUGCAUCAGGCCGUGGGUAAUUUUUUGAGUUGCCUUUGCAAACUGUUGUUCAACUCUUGUCAUUGUACGUCUCUUUGGUGCAUUACCUGUACCUCAACAUAUAGUACCAGAAAAACCAUCCGUCUGACUUCAUGGCUCUUUGAAGAAUUUUGUUAUGACCUGGCAAAAACAUCCCGCAGAUUUCCUUUCAUACAUUUUCAAAUACAAGUUGGGUGAUUAAUGGGAAACACUGGCGAUAUCCGCACAGUCAUGGUCUUGAAAAACUGGUCCCGAGAUCUGUCUCGAGGACUUCAGCACCGUUAGCAGGUAUCUUAGUUUUGCAUGUUUACGUAUAAAUACUAAUUUACAGGGACGUGAUUAUUAAAAAGAUGUUUUAUGAAAUGAUACCUGUGUGUCGGCUGCAGGUGACGUGUAGAAACAAAGUAAAUCAUCUGUACUGUCCGUUAUAUUUUGUUCUGACGACAGCUGAAGAUUGUAAUAAAAAGAUUUUCUUUUAAAGUUUUUUAUUUCUCUUUAUGUACAAUCAGUGAGAGCCACAUCGACAUAAUCCCGAACUCUGGACGUACACGGCCUCGGUCGGUGGCACAGCUGUUCGAAUAACAACGCCUCCACCCUCCUCCUGUCCUCUCUCUCCGUCUGCACUCCUGCCACGGAGCGUUUGGUCAGAUUAGUACCACAGGAGAGGAAUGCAGUCUAGUGGUGCUACAGACAAUGACUUAACACAUCCUACUGCAACUAGAAGCCAAAACAACAAACACACACACUCAGCACACACAUACAGACGAUACAAGGAAGUCACACUUGAAUGUAAUAGGACAUUUCAAACACCCAUUUCAACACGAGACAAUCACCGCGAUGCACAAAUAAAAAAAAAAAAUCGAAAACACACACAGGAAACUCAGCUGUAACAGAUUCACCCAUCCACCUGUUCUCUGUACCUGUAGGACUUCUCCGUUAAGACUGCUUCAUGUUUAUUUGGCUUGAACUCGGUUGCAAAAGUCGGUUCUGUUGCGAAUUAACACAGAAAAAAACAAAACAAAAAAACAUUUGGUCUGAGAGAGAAAAAAAAAAA